CACUAUUUCAGCAGAAACUGGCUGUGGAAAACAACGUGCUUAUUUCAGCUUUCAGGCACAAGCACUUGCAAAAUAAAGCUUUCAGGUUUGGAGAGCACCCAGGCUUUGCUCUGCCCCAGCAGGCAACCUGCCUGCUGGCACUGACAGUAAAUGAACAGAUAUGUGCCAAUCCUCAAGAUUAUAUGAUACCUGAGAAUGGCAGCUGCCUCUGCUCUGUCCUUCCUGCAGAAAAUGCAACUGAGGCUCCUAUCAGACCUGUGCCAUUCUGUAGGGCUGCUCAU